AUGAAGCAGGACGUGCGGAUUCUGCUGUUGGGAGAGCCCCAAGUUGGGAAGACCUCGCUCAUCAUGUCUCUGGUUGGAGAGGAGUUUCCAGAGGAGGUCCCUCACAGAGCAGAGGAGAUCACCAUCCCGGCUGACGUGACCCCGGAGAAGGUGCCCACACACAUCGUGGAUUACUCUGAAAAAGAGCAGACUGAUGAAGUAUUGAGACAUGAAAUAGUAAAGGCCAACGUUGUGUGUGUCGUGUACGACGUAACCAACGAAGACACAAUCGAAAAGAUCAGAACAAAAUGGAUUCCGUUGGUGAAUGGAAAUGCUGAGAAAGGGAACAAAAUCCCCAUCAUCCUGGUGGGAAACAAAUCUGACCUCCGCAGCGGCAGCUCCAUGGAAACUAUCCUCCCCAUCAUGAACCAGUUCUCCGAGAUCGAGACCUGUGUCGAGUGUUCUGCGAAGAAUCUGAAAAAUAUUUCUGAGCUGUUCUACUACGCACAGAAGGCGGUUCUCCAUCCGACUGCGCCGCUCUACGACCCCGAGGACAAGCAAUUGAAGCCUUCUUGUGUGCGGGCCCUGAGCAGAGUUUUCUACGUUUCAGACCAGGACAACGACCGGAUCCUCAGUGACGCCGAACUCAACUGUUUUCAGAAAUGUUGUUUUGGGAAUCCUUUGGCGCCUCAAGCCUUGGACGAUGUGAAAACCGUGGUGUGGAAGAAUACCAGCGACGGUGUCCAGGACAACGGCCUGACUCUGAACGGUUUCUUGUUCCUGAACACAUUAUUUAUUCAAAGAGGUCGGCACGAAACCACUUGGACCAUCCUUCGUAAAUUUGGUUAUGACGACAACUUAGAACUGACGGAGGAUUAUCUCUAUCCUGAGCUGCGGGUUCCUGUUGGUUGUACAACAGAACUCACUCAUCUGGGUUUGCAGUUUCUUCAGCGUGUUUUUGACAAGUAUGACGAAGACAAAGACUCAGCCCUGUCUCCUGAAGAACUGAAGAACUUGUUUUGUGUGUGUCCCUACAUGCCCUGGGGCCCAGAUGUCUACGAGACAGUCCCCACUUCAGACAAGGGCUAUAUUUCUAAUCAAGGCUUCCUGUGUCUGUGGGUACUGUCUGCGUACCUGGAUGUCCACCGCUGCCUGGAGCUCCUUGGCUAUCUAGGUUACCCCAUACUCACUGAGCAGGAGACGCAGGCCUCUGCAAUCACAGUGUCACGUGAAAAAACAAAGGACUUGGAAAAGCGUCAGACUCAACGCUCUGUGUUUCUCUGCAAAGUGAUCGGGCCUCGAGGAACGGGGAAGUCCGCCUUUCUUCAGGCGUUUAUCAACCACAAAUUCACGAAAAAGGAAAAAUCCAGCAGUGCCUUUCCCCUCUUUGUUAUAAACACUGUUCAAGUCGGCAACCAGGAAAAGUACCUUAUCCUCCAUGAGGUGGACGUGGACGUGGAGGUCUUGAAGGCAUCAGACGCUGCUUGUGAUGUCGCAUGUCUCAUGUACGACGUCAGUGACCCUCAUUCAUUCGACUACUGUGCCAGCAUAUACAAGCAACAUUAUAUGGAGAGCAACAUCCCCUGUGUGGUGGUGGCCUCAAAGGUGGAUCUCCCAGAGGUGAAGCAGCUCCACGGCAUGACACCAACAGAGUUCUGUUACAAGCACAGGCUUCCCGCUCCGCUCCCCUUCUCUCAUCAGUUCCUCGAUUCCACGCGCAGUAACGUCUAUUCCAAACUGGCGUGGGCAGCAGUGUAUCCACACCUGAACGGGUCGGACCUGAGCCAGACCUCGUUUUGGCUGAGGGUGGCCCUGGGCUCCGCCGUGGUCGCCGUUUUGGGAUUCGCCAUCUACAGAGCGGUUCGACAGAAAUGA